AUGGCCGAGGAAGAGAAGAAGAGAUUCCUCGAGGGCAACGAGAUGGAACUUGGAGAGAAGCAAGGGCGAAGCCUCGGUGGCUCGCCUUCUUCCUCGACACCCCGUUAUACGCCGCAUCGCUCGAACAACUGGCAGAACAAUCCCAUCUUGCCCGUCGUCUGCUACUGCGGUUCUUCGAUUCUGAUGACUGUCUCUAACAAAUACAUUCUUUCGUUCCCCGACUACAACCUCAAUUUUUUCCUUUUAGCUGUUCAGGCCAUUGUUUGCGUUGUGGCCAUUCAAUCUUGCAAGAGUGCCGGUGUCAUCACGUAUCGGGACUUCAAGUCUGAUGAGGCGAGGAAAUGGUUUCCCAUUUCGCUCCUUCUCAUCGGCAUGAUUUACACGAGCACAAAGGCCAUCCGAUAUCUCUCGAUUCCUGUCUACACAAUCUUCAAGAACCUGACUAUCAUCCUGAUCGCAUACGGCGAGGUCCUGUGGUUCGGUGGUUCCGUCUCGCCUAUGGCCCUUCUCUCCUUUGGCUUGAUGGUACUUAGCUCGAUCAUUGCUGCUUGGGCGGACAUCAAGCACGUCUUGGAGUCUGCCAGCACAGCAUCUUCUGCCACUGCCCAGCAACUGGCAACACUGAAUGCAGGCUAUAUUUGGAUGUUGGCGAAUUGUCUGUCUACUGCUGCGUAUAUCUUGGGCAUGCGCAAGCGCAUCAAGCUCACCAACUUCAAGGACUUCGACACCAUGUUCUACAACAACUUGCUGACCAUCCCCGUCCUCCUGAUUGCUUCGUUCCUCGCUGAAGAUUGGUCAGGGUUGAACUUGUCCAAGAACUUCCCGCCCGAGUCAAGGAACGGAAUCAUCUCCGCGAUGAUCUUCACUGGUCUGUCCUCUAUCUUCAUCUCAUACACUUCGGCGUGGUGUGUGCGAGCAACCUCUUCAACGACCUACUCCAUGGUCGGCGCACUGAACAAGCUACCCAUCGCCGUAUCCGGUCUCAUUUUCUUCGACGCUCCUGUCACAAUUCCCAGUGUUUCAGCAAUCUUCGUUGGCUUUGUCAGCGGUCUCGUGUACGCAGUCGCAAAGGUCAGGGAAUCAGCGAAGCCCAAGACCGGCAUCCUUCCUACAUCGAGCAUUCCAAUGAGCGCGAGCAGCCAGAGCGCCCGGGACAGUUUAAAAGCAUGA